AUGAGUACAGUAGACAAAAUGCUGAUCAAGGGUAUCCGGAGCUUCGACCCGGAAAACAAGAACGUUAUUACCUUCUACAAGCCCUUGACGCUCAUCGUUGGCCCUAAUGGAGCCGGAAAAACUACUGUGAUUGAGUGCUUGAAAGUGGCUUGCUCGGGUGAAUUGCCUCCAAAUGCUCGGUCUGGUCAGAGUUUCAUCCAUGACCCGAAGGUGGCAGGGGAGACCGAGACAAAAGGGCAAAUAAAGUUGAGGUUUAAGACUGCUGCAGGGAAGGACGUGGUUUGUAUUAGGUCGUAUCAGCUCACCCAAAAGGCCUCCAAGAUGGAGUAUAAGGCCCUUGAAAGUGUUCUGCAGACAAUCAAUCCUCAUACCGGAGAGAAGGUUUGCCUUAGCUAUCGAUGCGCUGAUAUGGACCGUGAAAUCCCUGCUCUAAUGGGCGUUUCCAAGGCCAUUCUUGAAAAUGUUAUAUUUGUACACCAAGAUGAGGCUAACUGGCCACUUCAAGAUCCUUCCACUCUGAAAAAGAAGUUUGAUGAUAUCUUCACUGCGACUAGAUAUACCAAGGCCUUGGAGGUUAUUAAGAAGCUACACAAGGAUCAGGCUCAAGAGAUCAAGACAUACAAGCUGAAAUUGGAGAAUCUUCAAAUUCUAAAAAAUGAUGCUUGCAAGCUUCGGGAAAGCAUUACUUCUGAUCAACAUACGAUAGAGGCAUUAAACAGGCAAAUGCUGGAGCUGGACAAUGAUAUUGACAUUGUCAAUAGUAACAUCCACAACACUGAAAUAACACUGAAGGAUCUGAGGAAACUAAAGGAGCAGAUAGCCACAAAAACUGCUGAAAGGAGUACUUAUUUAAAUGAACAACAGAGACAGUAUAACGCACUUGAAGAAGAGAAUGAGGACACUGAUGAAGAAUUGAUGGAAUGGAAAACUAAGUUUCAACAAAGGAUUGAAAUGUUGGAAACCAAAUGUCACAAGCUUCAAAGGGAAAUGGAAGACAUGGAAACUAAUAUUUCUUCAUUGAAUCAAACAACAGCAGAAUAUUUAAAGGAGAUUAGCAGGCUGGAAACUGAGGCUGACGGUCAUCUAUCCCGGAAGAAUGAGCGGGACCUAAAAAUUCAGAGGCUUUUUGAAAGCCAUAAUCUUGGGGUUGUUCCUAAUGGACCAUUCUCUGAUGAGGUGGCUAUGAACCUCACAAAUCGAAUUGUGUCAAGGUUGAAGGAACUUGAAAAGGAUUUAGCAGAUAAAAAGAAAGCAAAUGAGACAAAACUUAAAGCAACUUGGGAUCAAUACAUUCAUGCAAAGGACCGAGGCAGAGAUAUUGAAUUUCAAAAGGAGGCUAAAGCAAAUAGGAAGGGUGUCAUAUUGAAACAAAUGGAAGAGAAGAAGAAUGCGAGAGACUCGCUGGAAUUGCAGAUCUCAAAUGUUAAUCUAUCUCUCUUAGAUGAAAGAGAAAAGAGCUUGUGUAUUGAGGUAGAGAGAAAGACAAAACAGCUUGCUGAAAGAGAAUUUGAAUCAAUUAUACAAAAAAAGCAGAGUGAGAUGUAUAGUUUGGAACAAAAGAUCACUGUUCUUAAACGGGAGAAAUCCAUCAUUGCUGCUGACUCUGAAGUUAGAAAAGAAUUUUCUCUUAAAAAGGCAGAGUUGGAAAACCUCAAAAAGAAACACAAAAAGAUAAUCAAUGACUACAAGGAUAAAAUUCGUGGAAUUUUGAAGGGAAGGCUUCCAUCGGACAAGGAUUUGAAGAAGGAAGUAUCGAAGGUUCAAAGAGUCACUGAAGCAGAAUUUGAUGAGAUGAACUUAAAGGCCCGUGAAGCUGAGAAGGAAGUGAACACGUUGCAAAUGAAAAUUCAGGAAGUCAACACUAACUUGUCCAAACUGCACAAGGAUUUGGAAUCACGAAGGAAAUUUGUUGAAUCGAAUCUGCAAUCAUGGGACCAGCAGUCAGUUGGUAUUGACUCGUAUCCAGAAGCGUUGGAUACAUCCAAGAAGAGAAGAGAUGAUCUAACAAGCCAAUAUAAUAUGAGUGCUGGUAUGCGGCAAAUGUUUGAUCCUUUUGAAAAAGUUGCUCGCGAGUAUCAUUUUUGCCCUUGCUGCGAGCGUCCAUUCUCAGCUGAAGAAGAGGAUGAUUUUGUUAGAAAGCAAAGAGUAAAGUCUGCAACCUCGGCGGAGCAACUGAAGCUCUUGGGGCGUGACACUUCCACUGCUGAGUCUAAGUUUCAUCAGCUAGACAAGUUACGGACUGUCUAUGAAGAAUACGUCAAAAUCGGCCAGGAGUCAAUUCCUCAGGCAGAGAAAUGUGUCACUGAGCUGAAUGAAGAGCUGGAGCAAAAGAAUCAGGCCCUCGAUGAUAUCCUCGGUGUUUUGGCUCAAGUGAAGGCCGAAAAAGGAGCUGUUGAUGCCUUAAUACAACCUGUAGAAACUGCCGACAGGCUCUUCCAGGAAAUUCAGGAAGUGCAAAAGCAGGUUGAGGAUUUGGAGUACAAGCUUGAUUUCCGAGGACAAGGAGUAAAAACUAUGGAGGACAUCCAAUCUGAGCUGGAUUCAUUACAGAGGACCAAGGAUGGCCUGCAUAAUGAUCUGGGACAACUAAGAGAAGAUCAUCAGUUUAUGGAAAAAGAUUUAUCCGUUCUUCAGAUUAGGUGGCACACUCAGAGGGAGGAGAAACUCAAAGCAGUUAACAUGUUGCAAACAUUCAGGAAGAUAGAGGAAGAACUAGAUCAGUUGGCAGAGGAGAAAAGUCAACUUGAGCUUGAUGAGAAGCACUUGGCAGAAGCUCUUGGCCCUUUGUUGGAGGAGCGAGAAAAAUUCCUACGGGAGCAUGAGGAUUUAAAAGUCAAACUUGAUCAAGAAUAUGUGGAGCUGACUGAACUCAAACAGAACUACAAACUAGAGCUUGAUAAGCUUCUUGAGAUAUCAUCGGACAUAAAGAAGUAUAAUGAUUUGAAAAGAGGAGAAAGAUUGAAGGACCUACAAGAAAAGCAGAUCCAAGCAAAAGCUCAGCUUCAUAGUUUCGAAAGGAGGAAAGGGGAAAUCAUUGGAGAACUGAACAAAAGUCAAGAAUUGAAGAAUAACCAGGAUAAAUUAAGACGUAACAUUGAAGAUAACCUAAACUACAGAAUGAUGAAGUCUAAAGUUGAUGCACUCGGACGUGAAAUUGAUGAAUUGGAAGAUCAAGUGUUGAAACUUGGUGGCUUCUCUUCCAUUGAUGCUGAACUCGCAAAACUGACACGAGAAAAAGAGAGGCUUCUAUCAGAGUUAAACAGACAACGUGGCACUGUAUCAGUGCAUAACAGCAAUAUCUCGAAAAACAUGAUUACUCUUAAAGAGUCACAAUACAAGGACAUAGAUAAACGCUAUUUUGAUCAGCUAGUUCAGCUCAAGACAACGGAGAUGGCAAAUAAGGACCUGGAUAGAUAUUACAGUGCACUUGAUAAAGCCCUCAUGCGCUUCCACACAAUGAAAAUGGAGGAGAUAAACAAAAUUAUCAGAGAACUAUGGCAACAAACCUACAGGGGCCAAGAUAUAGAUUAUAUAAGCAUUCAUUCAGAUUCAGAAGGGGCUGGCACACGAUCUUACAGCUACAAGGUACUGAUGCAGACUGGUAAUGCGGAGCUUGAAAUGCGAGGAAGGUGCAGUGCUGGACAAAAGGUCCUCGCUUCACUUAUCAUAAGAUUGGCCCUGGCCGAAACAUUUUGCCUCAAUUGUGGUAUACUCGCACUUGAUGAACCAACAACAAAUUUGGAUGGCCCAAAUAGUGAAAGUCUGGCUGCAGCUCUUCUCAAAAUCAUGGAGGACCGAAAAGGCCAGGAAAAUUUUCAACUAAUUGUAAUCACCCAUGAUGAGCGAUUUGCUCAACUGAUUGGUCAACGCCAGCAUGCAGAGAAGUACUAUCGUGUGUCGAAAGAUGAUCACCAGCACAGCAUAAUUGAAGCUCAAGAGAUUUUCGAUUGA